CACAGUUCUCUCCUCAACACUCCUCAUUUCUUUCACUUUCUCCUAAAAUUAUCCCCACUACUACUCGCCUCCACGUGUCAUUAUUUUCUAAUAUCAUCAUCAUCUACACACCUUGCCACUCCUCUACGCGAGUAUCGGUCCCCUCCCUGUCUCGCGAGUACACUCCUCUCCCUUCAAAUUUGAAAAGCGAUGUAAAGAAAAAAAGAAGAGUACAACGUUAUGAACUCAAAUUUCGCCUAGAUUGCUCACACCAUUCUCACUAUCUCGCUUCUACUCUCACGCUCUUGUUAGUAGCUAACGGUCGUUUAGUGUUUCUGCUCCUUUUGUUUUCCCUUUCCGAAAAUUCCACCUACACCCCAACGCAACGAAAAUUUGUUAAAACGUGAUUUCUUUUUAAUCAACUUUAAACUCUGAUUUCCUUGUUGUUUUGGACGUGAGAUUUUCAGGAGGGUUUAUAGGGUUUUGGAGUGAGUAAAUUUAUGAAUCACUGACAUUGUGGAGAUUCAAUUUUGUGAGUACGGAAAUGGUAGCUACAAUGUCCGCAGCAGUAAACCCCAAACAGCGCGGCGGAGGGCCACAGCCAUACGGCCAACACCAUAACCCAUCACGGCCUCCUUUAUUGCCGUCCGACCCUGACAAUGCUAUUCCUCUCCGCCGUCAGAAGUUCCGUGAAGUCACUUCUCGUUAUUUGUCCACGCCGUCAUCCUCAAAUUCCUCAAUGUCAUCGUCUUCUUCUUCAGCGGCUUCUACCAAGCGGUGUCCGUCGCCGUUUGUUUCGAAGUCAACGACUCCAUCGGAUAUCAAGCGGUCGCAAUCGGUGGAGCGGAGGCAGGCUGUGACGCCGCGGCCUAACAAUUCUGUGAAUUUGAGAAACAGUGACGGUAACAAAAGCGGCGAAUUAUCCGCUGCUCAGAAGUUACUCUUGACUUCGACGGGAAGCUUAUCUGUUUCGUUUCAGGGAGAUUCAUUCUCCUAUCAGUUUACCAAAGCUAAACCAGUUCCAUCUCCAAGCGCGGCAAGGAAAGGCACUACGGAGAAGAGAAAGCCAACGGCAAUCACACCGACACCGGCUAGAGGAAUAGAUCAGACGGGGAAUUCAAACUCGGAGCGGUUGCCGGCAGGCUUUAGGAAAUCGAAUUCAAUGAGUCGAAGCGUCGAUUGCACGGACGAGAAGAAGAAGUUAAACGGAUCUGUUAACGGCAAUGUAGUUAGGGCACUACAAAAUUCCAUUAUUGACAGUAGGGAUUCAACAGGUAUUACAGCCGUUGGAUCCGAUGCUCAAUUUGAUCGUGCGGCUUCGGAUACCGAAAGUGUUUCUUCUGGUAGUGCAGGAGCUCCUGAAAGUUCUUCUAACGGCUAUGGAGAUGUUAAGCGUGGGCCUCGGGGGAUAAUAGUUCCCGCCCGGUUUUUGCAAGAGACAAAUAGUCGGUUACGCCGGGCCGGUCCCGUCUCGCCGGUUUCUAAGAAAAUUACUGCUCACUCUAAGAUACCUGCAUCAGACAAGUUCGGUAUUGAUAGUCCUUUGUCGUCUCCGAAAGGUGUAGUGAACAGCAGAGGACAGUUAUCUCCGAUUCGUGGAUCAGUUCCGCCUGCUUCGCCGAGUAAGCUUGGGGUGUCUUCUCCUUUGCGGGGAAUGAGCCCCUCUAGAGUGCGGAGUGGAUCGGCUAGUAAUUUGGUAAAUACUCCUUCAAUUUUUAGCUUUGCUGGUGAUGUUCUUAAGAUGGGCAAGAUUGGGGAAAAUAAGGCUUCGGAUGCUCAUUUGUUGAGGCUACUUCAUAAUAGGCUGUUGCAAUGGCGUUUUGCCAAUGCUAGAGCAUAUGCUGCUGUGUCUUCCCAGACGACUAAUGCAGAGAAAAAUCUCUAUAGCGCAUGGAUAACUACCUCAAAACUUCGAGAAUCUGUUAGAGCCAAAAGAACCAAGUUACAGUUGCUUAAGCAAAAAUUGAAGCUGAUUUCCAUCCUCAAGGGGCAAAUGAUGCUUUUGGAUGAAUGGGAUGUCCUGGACCAUGAUUAUUGCAGUUCAUUGUCUGCGGCUAGUGAAGCUUUGAUGGCUAGCACGCUCCGCCUUCCGGUUGUUGCUGGAGCAAGGGCUGAUGUCCCAAAUUUGAAGGAUGCUAUAUGUUCAGCGGUUGACGUAAUGCAGGGAAUUUCAUCCUCCAUAUGCUCAUUGUUCUCCAAGGUUGCUGAAGUCAACUCCUUGGUGGGAGAACUUGGAAAUGUAAGUGGAAAUGAGAUUGCUUUACUUGAGCACUGCCAAGUACUUGUAUCAACAAUUGCAGCCGUGCAGGUGAAAGAAUGUAGCCUCAGAACACACAUUUUACAACUAAAUCAAUUACCUUCCUGCAUGACAACGAAAUUGUAAAGCUCAUGUGAUUUUCAUUGCCUUCCUCUAUUAACUAACAUAGCAUCAUCCGCCAUUCCCCCCUCAUCCGAAUUUUGGCUUAAAUAUAAGAAGGCUGCUCUUGAAAUACAAUCAAAUAAUCAUCUAAGCCCUUGUUGUUCUAUCAAAAGCAAUUGUGCCUCAAAAGAUCUAUUUUCACCCAAUUAAACCCUUUUUUGAACAUUAAUUUGUGAGUGUCUUUAAAGGAUGAAAGUGCUUGGAUGAUUUACAGAUUUUUGUGUCGGGGCUCUUUUCAAAAUGGUCAAUACGAUUUUACAACAUUGAGAGCGAUAAUUUGGUC